AUGUCAUAUUUUCAUAAAUUAUUAAUUGUUUAUUGUUUUUUCUUCUGCCAAAAUAUUUAUGCACUUCAUAGAAAUUUAAAAUAUUAUGAAACUGUACACUCGUCAAACUUUCAACAUAGAAUUGUAAAACGAGGCGCUCAACAUAGUUAUCAUCCAUACAAUAAAAUAAGCGAAUUAGAAUUUUAUUCUCAUGGACGUUAUUUUCGUUUAAUUUUGACACCAAGAAGAGAAGUAAUACAUUCCAAUUUUAAGGCUUAUGAAGUUAAUGGGGAUGGAAAGGAGAAAACGAUUCACUUAGAUCAUGAAAGUUUCUAUCAUGGUCGAGUGUUCGGAGAAAUUAAUUCUCAUGCCCAAGUACAUAUUGACGAAGGAAUUGUAACAGCUAGUAUUACUAUUUCUGAUGACACAUUUCACAUUGAACCAUCAUGGAGACACCUUCCUCAUUUGGGAAAUGAAACAAUGAUUGUUUAUAAAUCUUCUGAUGUAAAACUAAGCUGGGAACAUUAUCAAAAUGGGGUGGGACAUACUCAUGGUACUCCUAAAACAUGUGGAUAUGUUAAAGAAGACAUGGAGGUUCCAGUGAAAGAUGACGAAGAAUUUAUAGAAAAUCAUGAUUUUAAAGAAAAUGAAUACAACAGAGUAAAAAGACAAACGGAAACUUAUGAGUAUACUCCAACCAAAACAAGAUGUCCUUUGUUAUUAGUAGCUGAUUAUCGUUUUUAUCAAGAAAUGGGUGCUAGCAGCACAAAAACUACAAUUAAUUAUUUGAUAAGCUUAAUAGAUAGGGUACAUAAAAUUUAUAAUGACACAUUAUGGCAAGAACGUCAAGAACAAGAUGGAUUUAAAGGAAUGGGCUUUGUUAUAAAGAAGAUUGUUGUUCAUAGCGAACCAACACGUGUGAGAGGUGGAGAGACACAUUAUAAUAUGGUUAGAGAAAAAUGGGAUGUUCGAACAUUACUUGAGGUUUUCAGUCGAGAAUACAGUCAUAAAGAUUUUUGUUUAGCCCAUUUAUUCACCGAUUUGAAAUUCGAAGGUGGGAUUUUAGGAUUAGCUUAUGUAGGAUCACCACGUAGAAAUUCUGUAGGUGGUAUUUGUACACCAGAAUAUUUUAAAAAUGGUUAUACUCUAUAUUUAAAUUCGGGACUGAGUUCUAGUAGAAAUCAUUAUGGACAGAGAGUUAUAACAAGGGAAGCGGAUUUAGUCACAGCACAUGAAUUUGGUCAUAAUUGGGGCUCUGAACAUGAUCCUGAUAUAACUGAAUGUAGUCCAAGUGCAAGUCAAGGUGGAUCGUAUUUAAUGUAUACAUAUAGUGUCAGUGGUUAUGAUGUCAAUAACAAGCGUUUUUCACCAUGCAGUUUGAGAUCCAUUAGGAAAGUAUUACAGGCUAAAUCAGGUCGUUGUUUCUCAGAGCCUGAAGAAUCAUUCUGUGGUAAUUUAAGAGUAGAAGGAGACGAGGAAUGUGACGCAGGACUUUUAGGAACAGAAGAUAAUGAUCCUUGCUGUGACAAAAAUUGUAAAUUACGACGAAGUCAAGGAGCAGUAUGCAGUGAUAAAAAUUCACCCUGUUGCCAAGGUUGUGCAUAUAUGCCCGUAGGAGUAAAAUGUAGAGACGCGCAAUAUGCAACUUGUGAACAAGAAUCACGUUGUACCGGAGCAUCAAGCGAAUGUCCUAGAUCUCCACCAAUGAAAGAUGGUACUGGUUGUUUAGAACGUGGACAAUGCCGUCUUGGCAAAUGUGUGCCAUAUUGUGAGACUCAGGGUUUGCAAAGUUGCAUGUGUGAUACAAUUGGUGAUGCAUGUAAGAGAUGCUGUAGAAUGAGUUUAAAUGAAACAUGUUUCCCUAUAGAUCCACAAGAUAUUUUACCUGAUGGUACACCUUGUAUUCAAGGAUUUUGUAAUAAGGGAAUAUGCGAGAAAACGGUACAAGAUGUCGUGGAACGUUUUUGGGAUAUUAUUGAGGACAUAAAUAUAAAUAAAGUUAUGAGAUUUUUAAAGGAUAACAUAGUAGGAGCUGUGAUAAUAAUCACUGCUAUUAUAUGGGUUCCAACGAGUUGCGUUAUAAGCUAUAUCGAUAACAAACGUGUAAAAGAAAGUGAAAAGAAAUGGCGUUGGAAACAUACCGAUGAUCUCAUUCAUCCGGACGAACAUAGACAAGGAAUUUUUGUAGGCACUCAAAGAUCAAGGCUAUCACAUUCUAAUCAACAAUCUUAAUUUAAUUGAAACUAUGCAGUAACAUUCCAAAUACUUACAAAGUUAUCUAGUCAAAAAUUUAAAUUUAUUACAUGUUGAUUUAUAUAUCAUUUUAUUGAUUUUAUAUAUAACACAGUUUAAUAAUUUAAUAUAUAUUUAAUAUCUAUACAUACAUACAUUCAUACAAACACACAUACAC